AUGACUUACAUACUUCUACCUGCGGCCCUGGGCUUGGCGGGUCUAUACUUACGCCAUGUCAACACCGUCAUGAAGAAAACACCAGAAGAAGCCCAAACUCUUUCUCCCCAUCGCUGGACCGUCGAAGAGAUUAAAUCGGCUUAUGCAAGAGCCAGUGAGAAUCCUGUUGACGUGACGAAAAGUCUCCCACCAAAACAGACCCGCCGCUACGUUGUAGUAGGUGGAUCCGGUCUUGUCGGAGGUUGGAUCGUCCAGCAUCUACUAGCACGUGGCGAAGACCCAUCCGCCAUCCGCAUUCUAGACCUCCACACUCCCGCAGCAGAAGUUCUAGACCUAGGAGUGGCCUAUGUCAAAACAAACAUCACUGACAAGCUAAUCGUCGACACUGCAUUCGAGCAACCAUGGCCCGAAUCCGUGGCUCAGCUCCCUCUAUCAGUCUACCACACCGCAGCCAUCAUCCGUCCCCAAGACCGCCUGAAAGUCUUCCUGCCAUUGAGCAUGAAGGUCAACGUCGAAGGCACCCGGAACGUUCUCAACGCCGCGAAAAAGAACGGUGCUAGCUGCUUCAUCUCUACUUCGUCCGGCUCUGUGGGUCUCCACAGAGUGGGUUUCUGGGUCUCCCCUUGGGCUUCGCUGCCAGACCGCUCGACACAGAUCCUCAGCGACGACGGCGCAUUGCCGCAGGAACAUGAUGAGUUCUUCGGCAACUACGCCGUGACAAAGAUCGAGGCAGAGAGACUUGUGCGGUCGUCGGAUGAUUUGGCCUCGAAUUUCCGCACGGGAUGCAUCCGCCCUUCGAACGGCAUUUACGGCAUUGGAAGCGAUGUGGCUAUGACCAUUACCGGCACUUAUCUGCGCAGCGGUGGAGCUCCGACAUGGUUGAGCCCUAUCAUUCAAAGCUUCGUCAACGCGGAGAACGUCUCUAUUGCCCACCUUCUCUACGAGCAGCGCCUGAUCGAGCAAAGCGCGCCUGGCUCUACGCUGCCUAAUAUCGGAGGCCAGGCUUUCGUGGUUACGGAUCCCAACCCGGCCAUUUCAUUCGGCGAUUUGUACACGCUGCUGACCACGCUUGCUAAGACGCCCAUCGCCUUCCCGAUCGUCCAGCCUGUCUACCUAUUCAUUCUUGCGCAUUUCAUUGAGUUGUACUGCUAUGUGCAGCACAAGUACUUGUCUUGGCUUCUGCCGAAGAUCACGGGUGAUCUGGCGCAGGUCCAGCCGUCGUUGUUUGCGAUUUCGGAUGUUUGCAUUGUUGCGGAUGAUGCGCGUGCGAGGAAGUCGCCUGAAGCGGGUGGAUUGGGGUAUAACCCGCCUAUCAAUACGUUGGAUGGCAUGUGCAAGGAGGUUUUGCACUGGAACAAGAAUGCCAUUGCCAAGGGAAUUGUUGUUGAGGAGAAGGUUGGACCUUUGCGGGUGACGGAGAAUGGGGUCGAUGUUAAUGUUGUUACGCCAGUGAAGAUUUGA